GUGAUAUUUUUGUUUUUAGCGAAAACGAAACCAAACCGAAAACGUCUGUUCGUAUGUCAGGAAAGUACAAGUUUCGAUGUGUGAUUCAGACGUAAUAAAUUAAAAAGAAAUACAAAAAAAAAUAACAAACUAUAAAAUUGACCGUGUUCCUUAGAACUGUAGCUGUAAUUUAGUACUAAAUAGGUAUUUAUUCAAAUUAAAACAGUCUUAGAAGAAAAUGUCCACACCCGCACGUCGUCGACUCAUGAGAGAUUUCAAACGCCUGCAAGAAGACCCACCGACAGGAGUGAGUGGAGCCCCAACAGACAACAACAUAAUGAUAUGGAAUGCUGUGAUCUUUGGCCCUCACGACACCCCCUUUGAAGACGGAACGUUUAAAUUAACCAUCGAGUUUACAGAGGAAUACCCGAAUAAACCGCCAACGGUGAGAUUCGUCAGUCACAUGUUCCACCCCAAUGUUUAUGCCGAUGGGGGCAUUUGCUUAGAUAUAUUACAGAAUCGGUGGAGCCCCACCUACGAUGUUUCCGCUAUAUUAACUUCUAUUCAAUCGUUACUUAGUGAUCCAAACCCAAACUCGCCGGCGAACUCGAUGGCCGCGCAACUUUACAAAGAAAACCGUAGGGAGUACGAGAAAAGGGUGAAAGCGUGCGUGGAACAGAGUUUUAUCGAUUAGCGGCCCGCAGCCAAAAAGUCGCAGCAUCAGCACUUGUCGAGAUAAUUUCCACGCUUAGGAUAAUAAUGACAAAGCCGCCACACGACGACCGGUUGCUUCGUUCGCGCCUCCUCCUCCCCCCAACCUCCCUUCUUUCCCCCUCCUUUUUUUUUUGUUGUCUAAGCAGGGAAUAAAUUAUCAUUCACGUUUGCUCUCCUUUCUAUCCCUUUUAUUUUUUUUUCAAAAAUAGAUGAGCAGUAGUAAAUUUCAAAAAAUAUCGAGUUCAACUUUGGUGUGUGUGUGUGUGUCUGUCGGUCUAAUUCGAACCGGGAAAAUAAGCUUUUUAAUUCACUUGAAUGUCACAUUAUAAUAUAUAUCUAAAUAUAUAUAUAUAUAUAUAUAUAUAGUUACUUUGAAAGUUUAGCUUUAUAAUUUUUGAAAUUAGGAGCGUUGAUAUAUUACUUCUAGAUUAAACAAAAAACCUAAUACUUGUAAUUUUUGUUUCUCGUUCUGGAUACCUGCAACGGUAAGAGAUGAAUAUAUUAUGUUACGUUUAUCGCGGGUUUGUGUGUCGUACAUUAUAACAUUUUAUAAUAAUUUAUAUUGGGCUUGUUUCAUUGUUACUAUCGUAGGCUCUCCAUAGAAUACGCCAGACCGGGAGUAGGUCACUCAGUUUGACUUUUUUUUGUGUGUAAUCAUAAAUUUAUUAUUAUCAUUUCAUUUAGGGGUUUUUUUUGUUUGUGUUGCCUUUUUGAGUUUAAUUUCUAUUUGUGGGUCAAAUUGAUGCCUUCGACAGGCGAAUCCAUAACAUGUUCCACCAGUUCUGGUACUAGUCACCUUAAUAUGUUUCAAUUGGUACCGUAUAAAUUGCGCAGUCAUUAGUGGAUCAUGGAAAUAUGGUUUGAUGCGUACUAGUCCUUAAACGUAAUUUUCCAAUUUUCGCUUUUUACCUCUACUAUGGAACACUAUAGGACACAGUUGGGUGCUCGAAAAUAUGUGUUUUAACCAAGUAUCGUAAAAAUAGUAUUUCACCCGAAAUUUUUAAAGCAUACUUUAUUCUUAUUGGCUUAAAUAAGUUUUUUUAAAACGUAUUUUCGGGAUACUCAUUUAUUGCCACGCCUUUAGCAGAGCACUACCAUUGACCUAACCAAUUCACUGGCCAUCGAUCUUGCUUAUGUAUCUCAUAUAUACAUAAACAAGGAGAUUAUAUAACUCGUCGUGAAAAGUGUAUGUGUAUAUAGCUUUAAUUAUUAUUCUGUAAAAAAAAUGUUCUAAAUAAAAUUCAUCUAUGAUAAUA